AUGUCUGUUGAUUUUAACACUGUUGCUACUGAAUUCUGUACUUUCUAUUACCAACAAUUCGAUUCUGACAGGACUCAAUUAGGUAACUUAUACAGAGCUGAAUCUAUGUUAACUUUUGAAACCUCUCAAUUACAAGGUGCUAAAGAUAUUAUUGAAAAAUUGGUUUCAUUACCUUUCCAAAAGGUUAGUCAUAGAGUUUCUACUUUAGAUGCUCAACCAGCAUCCCCAGCAGGUGAUAUCUUAGUCAUGGUUACUGGUGAACUUUUGAUUGAUGAAGAGCAAAAUGCUCAACGUUAUUCUCAAGUCUUCCAUUUGAUUCCAGAAGGUAAUUCAUAUUAUGUGUUUAAUGAUAUCUUUAGAUUAAAUUACUCUUAG